AUGGACCAGACCAUCCUUGAAUCCCUCCCCGUUCCCGAACGCCGCCAGGCUCAAUCUCCUUUUGGCACGGUCCCAGGAUCAGCCUUCCAACCGUCAGAGCUGCCGGCAACACACAGUCGUCGUCCCAGUGAGCAGUCAAGACAGUCAAAAUACAGCUAUGCUGGCACGAUUCCACCAAGAAAGUCAAGCCUCGGAGCUACCACUGCCCCUCUUAUGAGAUCUGCUUCUUCCAAAAAGAUGGUGUGCGAAAGGCUUCCUGCCGAUCAGGAAUAUCUUGAUGGGCGUUUGAAAGAAGAGAAGGACAACCCUCGAGCGUCGACCGCCUCGCGUCGAACCUGUGGCUCCACUCGUUCGAGUUCAUUCUUUCCAAAUGCAAGUCGAAGCCCGCGAGAUCUCACGACUCUUGCAGCGCGAGUGCACUCGCCUGUCUUCGACCACAAGCCUUCCAUCUCUGGCCUGAUGGAAUAUGGAGAUCCAAAUUGUGACGGAGCUCACCAACAAGCAUUCAGUGACAUUCAACGGACCCGCUCUCAAUGGGAAUUGCCGUCGUUCAACUUUAGACCGCUUUCUUUCGGAUCGGGCUCACCUAAGUUGAAAGAACGACCAAAGACAUCUGGCGACAUUCGUUCGAAAGACUGCUCCGAGAUCUUGUCGCCAAUGCCUGAGCGGCCAAUGUCUUCACAGAGUAGGAAACGAUUUAGCCGCAUCCUGGAAUUUCCCGAUAACUACAUCACCGACCGAGGAAAGGUGCCCCAUCACGUUCAGACUUUCUCUCGCCUAGACGCCGUGGAAGAACAUCCGGAUCUGCAGUCACUUGAAAGAGCUCUGUCACCGCAACCACCGGACGGAUCAAAGGUAGAUGUUGCUGAACAACAGAACCAUUGGGCAGCUGUAGCUAGUGAACCAGCACUCUCAAAUACCAACGGAGACGGUAGCCAAAACACUAUGCACGAACGAUCAACCAUUGAGUCGCUUCUCGAUAGACAUAUUGAGUGCCUGGGCUUGAACGAUAACGGCAUUGAGGGCGACGAUGGGCUAUUUCAAACAGAAAGCCCUUCCCAACUUUCAGUCGCGCCACUGGACAGUAGCGGAGAGAGCACCAUUAGAGCGCCGUGCGCUAUGCCGCGGACUCUGUCGCCUUGGAACUUGAGGCCGACAACUUCGAGCUCCACUAUUCGGCACUCCAGCCUCGCGAGUUCUGAGAGGCGUCGACUCAUACCCCGGCGUCUAUUUGCUAGUAUGGAUGCCAGACUUCCCCCCGGAGCCAUUUUGGAAAAUGAGCAGCUCAACUCCACGUCUAUCUUUUCUUCAGAUAGCUCAAGGAUUCAGGGGCAUUCGUCCGGAUGGCAGACACUUCAGUCAACCAGCGGAAUCCUCACUUCAGAGUCAACCAAGUCCAAUGGGUCUAACGCCAAAUGCUCAUUGACAUCAGGUGACAUGGCCGACAUUGACUCCAAUCCCCCGCGACCGAGAUUCAAGGUGAGGAGGUUGUCAGAGCUGAGGCAUAGCCCAGAGACAGGAGGCAUCUUGCCGACCAAGGCAGGCGCGCAUGUUCACCGGAGGUCGAAAAGUGACAUGCUUGCCAGACAGGUAUCCCAUCAGAGACGACGAGCCCGGAUUCUGAUGAAGAACAAGAGGAAAUCACAAAGUUUCGGGCAACUAGGAGUCCUCGAAAGAACCGAAGAGUUGUCAGAGGAUCCUGGAAAAGACGAAGAAUGGACGACUGAAGAAUCCCCCGAGGAGAUUAGUGAAACUUCACCGGUUGCUGGCUAUGCGGAAUUGAGUGCGGACUCAGUGGUUGCACAGCCACCGACGACGCUUUCCGAAGUGAGCGUUCUUGUAUCGACGUCAAUGCCCAGGAGAUGGACCAGUAUGCUCGCUGCGAUGCCGGAGCCGGUCAAAAAAGGCAUUCAAGUUGUGCGAAAAGCAUCGGUCAGGACUGUCCAUUCACACCGAAGCAAUACCAGCAUCAUCGAACCUUUGAAUAGUACACGAUACAGCUCUCAGAUCCCACGCUUGGGAUCGGUCCCUCAACUAGCUCCUCCAGAAUUAGGACCGCCGCUCACAUCUUCGGAGAUAAACCUCAGCCUUCGGUUUCCCGAUCAACCUCAGACACUGUCGAGGCCGCCUCUCCGGGAAGUCGAAAGUUUCUUCUCCGACGACAGCACAGCCGCCCUUGCCCAAAAGCCACCGACAGUCAGAAGGAAAUUUAACCUGCACAGCUUUCGAAGUGGUUUCACAAAGUCAUCCGGACUGUUGGGAACGCGACAUAGCUCUACCCAACAUGAGACCAGUACACUGAGGACCAGCCAGUCAUGCCAUGUAAAGACACAGCAGUCGUUUGAGGAACCACAUCCGGACUUGGGUGAUACGGUUCCAAUGUCCAAUUUUGCUUAUAGGCGAUGGAAAUUCGUGGGUCGAAUCAAGGGCUGCUUCAGGCGAGAUUGCUUCCAGAAGACCUGGGCUCUCGUGAGGAAGGGCAGUGGCCGGAAGAUGUAA